GUACUUUACUUUCUUAAUUUAGCUACUGUUGUCAUAGUCAUAACUAUUUUCAUUCUAUCUUCCGAAUCUCUUCAAUUAUAGCUGUUUAAUUCCCUCUUUCUUUGUCUGAAAACAAUUAACAUCAACAUAAAUUCUAUCACCCUUUCUUUUGUUGUCUAAAUAUCAAACAAUUUCCUUAUUCUUGAUCUAAUAGUUCAAGGAUUCAAGAAUUGUAAAGGGGUUGACUUAAAAAUGAGUUCAGAAGAGAAUAAUGAAGAUGGGAGAGGAGGAGGAGAUCUGAGGAAGCCAUUUUUACAUACUGGAAGUUGGUAUCGUAUGGGCUCAAGGCAAUCCAGUUUGAUGGGCUCUUCUCAAGUUAUCAGAGAUAGCUCUAUCUCUGUUCUUGCUUGUGUUCUCAUCGUUGCUUUGGGCCCAAUUCAGUUUGGUUUUACUUGUGGCUACUCUUCGCCUACGCAAACUGCAAUUAUGAAAGAUCUGAAGCUCACUGUUUCUGAGUUCUCUGUGUUCGGUUCUUUAUCAAAUGUGGGUGCUAUGGUUGGUGCAAUAUCUAGUGGUCAAAUUUCGGAAUACAUUGGGCGAAAAGGGUCCUUAAUGAUAGCUGCUUUACCUAAUAUCAUUGGUUGGCUUUCCAUCUCAUUUGCCAAAGAUCCUUCCUUUCUGUACAUGGGAAGAUUGUUGGAAGGCUUUGGUGUCGGAAUAAUCUCCUAUGUGGUUCCUGUAUAUAUUGCCGAGAUAGCACCUCAAAAUUUAAGAGGGGGUCUAGGGUCUGUUAACCAGCUCUCUGUUACAAUUGGGAUCAUGUUGGCCUAUUUACUGGGACUUUUUGUUAAUUGGAGGGUGCUUGCUGUUCUUGGAACAUUGCCUUGCCUAGCACUGAUACCUGGACUAUUUUUCAUCCCCGAAUCUCCUCGGUGGUUGGCCAAAAUGGGUUUAACAGAAGAUUUUGAAACUUCAUUACAAGUUCUUCGAGGGUUUGAUGCUGACAUUACCAAUGAAGUAAAUGAAAUUAAGAGGUCUGUAGCAUCAACAAGCCGAAGAACAACAAUGCGUUUUGCAGAUCUCAAACAAAGAAGAUAUUGGUUACCUCUCAUGGUAGGAAUUGUGCUACUUAUCCUGCAGCAGUUAGGAGGAAUCAAUGGUGUGAUAUUCUAUUCCAGCAACAUUUUCCUAUCUGCUGGUAUUUCUUCAAGUAAUGCUGCAACUUUUGGUGUUGGUGCUAUUCAGGUUGUUGCCACUGCAGUUGCAACAUGGCUGGUAGAUAAAACUGGACGUAGACUUUUAUUAAUUGUCUCAUCUACUGGAAUGGCUGUUAGUCUCCUAAUUGUUGCCGUUUCCUUCUAUCUGAAGGGUUUUGUAUCUGAGGACUCCACCCUCUAUGGCGUAUUGGGAAUAUUAUCAGUAGUAGGGGUGGUGCUCAUGAUUAUUUCGUUCUCACUCGGAAUGGGCCCGAUUCCAUGGCUUAUAAUGUCUGAGAUUCUUCCGGUCAAGAUCAAAGGCCUCGCUGGAAGUACAGCAACAUUAGCCAACUGGUUGUUUUCGUGGGUAAUAACAGUGACUGCACCGCUGCUUAUGGCUUGGAGCAGUGGAGGAACCUUCACCAUUUACAUGGUUAUGUGUGCUUUCACCGUGGCGUUCGUGGCAAUUUGGGUACCGGAGACGAAAGGGAGAACUCUGGAGGAGAUUCAGUUUUCCUUCAGAUGAAGAAUCUUUAUUUUCUCACUGUUCUUUUUACUCCCUUGUUUCUCCUUGGUUCUUUUUGUCAACAAUAUAUAUUUCCUUUGUGCAAAAGUUUCUAUUUUUGGACAUGUAUAGGAAAAGCUUGUGUGCAUUUCAACUUGAGCUUAUCAGCCCUUUAAGAAUUGUUUUCUUUUGCCGUAUUUCUUGUUUGCUUGUUGCUGCAGCUGUAAUUUAUUAGUAUGAUUCUUUUUUUUUUUGUAUAUUAUAAGGGUGAUUAUUUCAUUCGAUUUAAAUAAUGUGCAAAAAAGGAAAAUUUAUCCUUCAA